AGCGGAUAUAUAAGCCGCUGUUCUCACGACGGAUACACAACACAAUUCAUCGUCAUAUCGUCUACCGUACUGAACCCAUCUCGGAUUCCUCCCUGAAAUAUUCACCUUAACCUUCAGGAUCGUACUUCGCCACACACUACGCGCUCUCCUGUAACACAAGGACACCCAGUCCUACUAGAACAUCACAAGGUCCACCAUCCACACUUCGAAGUUUAACCUUGACCUGCUCUUUACUCCAACCUCCUCCUCUAAGUCGCAACACGAUGUACACUCCAAUCGCCCUCCUCACUUCCCUCCUCGCCCUCAUCCCCUCCAUAAGUGCCGCUAAAGCGCUCAACCCGAAUCUCAACGCCAUGCUCAAGAUGGCAGCAACAAACUACGACCGGCAUGCGCUUCUCGCCAAAGACAGCGACUGGUACUACGACUUCUUCAACCAUCAUGACUACCAUGAUAAGAUCGGCUCCGUCAUCACCGCCGACGCCGCCACAUUCCCAGCACUCACAGGCCUCGGCAUCAGCUACGCAUUACUGAAACUCGGACCGUGCAGUAUGCUGCCGCCACACUUCCACCAGCGCGCGCACAACGCCGUGAUUGGGAUCACAGGAAACACGACAAGCUGGAUGAUCAACGAGAACGGAGUGCGCACUGUCAAGGUAGAUAUCAUACCUUUCCGGAUGACGAUUUUUCCGCAAGGGAGCUUGCAUGUUAUGCAGAACAAUGAUUGCGAACCGGCUCUUCUCCUCAGCGCAUUGAAUAGCGACGAUAGCGGUACACUCAACGCCCUCAACGGAUUAUGGACCAUCCCAGAUGACAUGAAGCGGGCUGCAUUCGGCAAUGAGAACCUCGAUACCGCACAACUUGGCAAACGUAUUCCAGAUGUCGGGACUGGUGCAGUCAGGGGCAGCCCGGAGUGUCUGAAGAGAUGUGGGAUUGAGCAUGGGAAGAAGUAGGCUUCGUGUAGAGACGGAUGGGUAGGCUUUCAGUCUUGUUCCAGCGACUCUUGCAUUGGUGGUUUUGAGCUAUGCUAAACAUGCUGUUACGAAUUGAUGAUGUAUGAGUAGAGGGAUA